AUGACCGGCCACGCCUAUGUUAAUUAUGGCACAUCUCGACUCUCGACACCAUCCAUCAUCAUGGCUUCCUCGGGGAGCCAACAGCAAAACUCCAAUCCCGCACCGCCAUCUCUCUCCGCUGGCGAUCAUGAGACGCGCGACUACUACGCUGCGCAGGACGCACCACGACCUCCCUCACAACAGGAACCAUACCUUACACCUUACCUCGGUCUCAACGCGAGACUUUCGCAGAUCUGGAUCAACCGAUGGACCGUCCUUUUACUCCUAGUCCUGAUACGGACACUAUUCGCACUUGCGAGCUUCGACAAUAAUGCAGCGUCUGCCCGACGAGAGGCGCUUUCUAUGUGCACUUCGGUGGAGAAUGUGGGCUCGGCUAUGGCGAGCAUGCCUUAUUUCAUGAGUCAAGGCGUCAACGAGCUCUCCGCUUCCGGCAUAGAGAAGGCAAUCAAUGGGCUGAUGUCCAUGCUCAUACUGAGCGUGACCGGUAUCGAGGAGAUUGUGAUCUUCAUCAUUAAUCUCCUUACAUCGACAUACGUCUGCCUCAUCACUCUUGCCGUUGGCGGAUCCCUCCACGUGGCUGUCCAGGUGGCAGAAGACGUGGGAAACUUCCUGAACUCCACCAUCCAAGAUGUGGGCAAGGACCUUGGCAGUGCAGCUUCCGGCUUCCAAUCAGCCAUGAACGGCUUUCUGGUUGACCUCGACAAGGUUGCCAGCGUGUUCGCCGGCAAGAAGCUCACACCUCCUACGAUCGACCUCACGGGUGAGAUCUCAAAGCUAAAUAGUUGGGACCUACCUCCGGGUUACGAUCAAGGCUUGGACAAACUCAACUCCUCAAUCCCAACAUUCGCCGAAGUGAACAACUUCACGAACUAUGCCAUCAGCUUACCAUUUGAGGAGGUCAAGAAGCUAUUGAACGAGAGCAUGCCAAAGUACAACUUCAAUCGCAGCCUGUUCCCCGUGCCGCAAAAGGAGCAGCUUACGUUCUGCUCCGACGGCGGUGGCGUUAAUGAUUUCUUCGACGGUCUAGUCGAAGUGAAGAACAUGGCUCAGAAGAUCUUUCUCGUCGUUAUCAUCAUUCUCGCGGUACUGGCCAUGAUCCCCAUGGCAUAUCGUGAGCUUCGGCGAUGGAGAUUUAUGAAGGAGCGCGCCAAGCUUGUACAAAGUGACGCUUACGAUCCUAUGGAUGGCGUCUAUCUGGCUUCUCGACCGUACACUUCUUCGGCUGGUCUCUGGCUUGCUCGACCCUUUAAGUCGAGCAGGCGCAGAGCACUAGUCCGAUGGAGUGUCGCAUAUGCGACAACUGUACCUGCUCUCUUCGUACUGUCCUUGGCAAUAGCUGGUCUCCUCGGUUGCCUAACACAAUACAUCCUGCUCAAAGCUGUUGAGAAAGAAGUCCCGGUACUUGAGAACCAGGUCAUCGGCUUCGCAGACAAAGUCAUCAAUUCACUCAACAAUGCUAGCGAGCAGUGGGCAAUUGGAACGAACCAUCUCAUCAACGACACGAACGCCAAGAUCAACGAGGAUGUCUUUGGCUGGGUUAAUACCACGACCCAUGCUGUAAACACUACCCUGAACGUGUUUGUUGAUGGAAUGGUGAAAGUGCUCAACGAGACCUUUGGCGGCACUGUGCUCUAUACGCCCGUUCUCGGUGUCUUGAAUUGCUUGGUCAUACUGAAGAUUGAAGGCAUCGAGAAAGGGCUGACCUGGGUGAGCGAUCAUGCUUACAUUGACUUUCCGAUGUUGCCGAACGACACUUUCUCGCUCGGUACCGUCCAGAAGGUCUCUGGCUCCCAAGCAGAUCUGCUCAACACUGGAGCCAAUGGUGGUGCUGCUGACGCUGUUACUGGCGCAGUCUACCACCUGACAAGCAUGAUGGCCAAGGCAAUUCGCCAAGAAGCCAUCAUCUCCACAUGUGUGCUCCUUGUUUGGGCGAUCAUCGCACUUGUCGGCAUAGCUAGAGCACUCUUCCUUAUGCCGAGAGGUGGCGACUCGGGUGUCUAUACCGCUCCUCGGCCUACCGGACGUGAUCCUUCACCAUCCACUGAGAAGCACGAGCUGGACGACUUCUUCGCGGCCAAGAAUGUGAACAGUGUGCCCAGCUAUGAGCAGGCCACACGAGACACGAGUGACCUCGGCGACAUGUCUGCAAACCGCUAUAACGGCCAGAGUUACACUCUGAUGCCUACGCCCAUGCCGACAUUCGAGGUCACCAGCGCGACAUCGCCCAUACUCAAUACAGGCUUCUGCCCACCCAACGAGCACCUCAACAGUGUCAAAGGCCAGACCGUGGACGCCGCCAUCCGCCGACCGACCCAUGUUCGAGCUUCAAGUCAUGGCGACGUCGACCUUACCUCACCAAUAAGCCCACGGCCACCACAUAGUGCGAGUCCGUAUCUUAACCCCCUCCGAUCCAUCGACGAAAAACGAAAUCCUUUCGCAGACCCUCGCGGUUGA